AGGUGAUUGGGUGGCUUCCUAGACCUAAUUUCUACAAUGGAGGAAUCCUCAUUCACCAUACCAGCCGAAGACAAUGGUGAUACUGAGCUCGACCCUAGAAUACAGGUCAGUGAGUGACAAAAUCAUGUAUUGAAUAACUGUAUCGGUAAUUAUUUGUAACUGCAAAAAUGAGUGUCAACUUUGUCGAUUAUUUCGCCAACGAGCACAAUGGAUACGAUAUUUUGUACCAAAAUAUGAAAUACGGACUGAUUGCUAGCAAAGAACUUUCAGAGUACCUCAGAGAGAGAUCCAAUAUAGAAGAAUCCAAUUCAAAGUUAUUGACUAAAUUAGCGAAACAAGCAAAUAACAACUGUGCACAGGGUACCUUCGCUCCCUUCUGGGGAGUUCUCAAAUGUUCCGCUGAGAUUUUGUCUAAUUUGCACCAAGAUAUGUUCCAAAAAGUCAGUGAGUUAGUAAAAGAUGUAGCACGUUAUGCAGAAGAAUUACACAAGAAACAUAAGGCUGUUAAAGACUCAGAGUCAAACACUUUAGAAGUAGUACUACUUAUACAGAACACCAAGCAAGCAUUACAAAAAGCUAAAGAUGUUUAUACAUCAAAAUCUGCCGAAUUAGAGAAGCUUCGUAAAGAUAAUGCUUCUGCUAAAGACAUUGAAAAGGCUGAAGUCAAAUUGAAAAAAAUACAUGAAGACUAUAGGCAACUAGCUGAGAAAUACAAUUUGGUAAAACAGGAUUUUGAAAAAAAAAUGACUCAAACAUGUAAACAUUUUCAGGAUGUAGAGGAAGCUCAUUUAAAACAGAUGAAACAGUUUGUGAAUGCAUAUGCAGAUAUUACUCAAAAUAAUCAUGAUCUUAUAGGUCAAGUUCAUAGGGACUUCAAGCAUCAAUGCUUAGAGCUUACUGUAGAAAAAUUGUUAGAACAAUUUCUGAUAGAAAAAUAUACAGCCAUAGAGAAAGCUAAUUUGGUUGAACUACCUCCUUCACUGCCUAAGCCUGGUUCUGCUAACAAUUCUAUAUCUGAAGCAGAUCAAAUAUCCACAGUUUCUAAUGGCUCACACAAACCAUCACAGCCUGCUAAAGCCUCUAAAAAAGAACCGUCUUUUACUACAAAGACAUCUAGGAGAACUACUUCCCUCCUUAAUUUAUUUACUCCAAAUUUUCAAAGUAAGGAUGAACCUAGUGGGAGUAUUGAGGGUGCGGCACCUUGUUCAGCACCAUCUAGCCCAAGCGGUACACCAGCUACUCCUGUUGCACCUGAUAAGGAUACCAACAUGGGUCGAACUAAUCUUCGUGAAUCCAAGUGGUUCCUUCGGAGCAGAAGAACCAAGACUAAAUUAAAAAAAUCUAAAAAGAAAAAAGAUGAGAUAUCAGAAAAUUCCAAUGCUGGUGAUAAGUCUGAUUUAGAAGAAAAAGAAGAAGAAGUCACUAAAGAUGAUCUGAUGAAUUCUCCAGAUGUUGAUGAGGAAGGGUAUUGCAUACGACCAAAAGAUGAGAAAGGCAGUGUUUAUUCUUCUUCCGAUUCUGAUUCUGAUGAAGAAAGGGACAAAAAAAUUCAUGUAGAGAUAAAGCCCAUAAGUAAUGGUGCUGGUCCAAUAUCAGCCAGUGUUGAUGAAUUGAGAGCAACAGUUGAAAAUAUUUCACUUUACAAAAUUGGCACUACUAGGCGCGGUUCGAAUGCCAAUACUAGCAAAGCAAGCAGUGACUUAUUAGAUCUUAAUUUCUUCCAAAGUCCAACCGCUAGCAAUCCCACCUCACCUCAUGGUAAUGUUUCGAAUCCUUAUGCGCCUUUACAAGCGAAUCAGUCUCAUCUGUUAGAAAGCCCCACUCCAGUGUCGUCAGCCGACGUCGGCGAUUUGUUCUCGGAAGUGGGCGAGAUGGGACAACCGACAAUAAGAACUUCUACACCUACCAUGUCCACAAUAUCACUCCCACGACCGCCUUCGAGACGUUCUGAGGGCGACUUUCGAACUGCUGGCUCUUCUGGAUCACGAGGUCCCUCCCCUCUUACUAUAGGCAUGGCAGAUACCAUACCUUUAGCUGUAGCAUUUCAUGAGAUUAUCCAUUCCUAUUUCCGUGGCACAGAGGAGUCCAAAUGUCAAGUUAAGAUGUCCGGAGAUAUGAUGUUAUCUUUCCCCACUGGCAUUGUAGGAGUCCUAGCCAAUAAUCCCAAUCCUGCAAAGCUCUGUUUCAGACUUAAGAACAUACAUAGGCUGGAUAAUGUGCUACCGAAUAAGCAAUUAAUAUCAAUUAACACAAUGAUGUCAACACGAGACUCUACCGUACUAGAGUUUAAUAUGCCCGCCCUGACGUCUCUAUUAAAGCGACAAUCAGAAAAGAAUCCGACUGCACAAUAUUUCAAUGUUGAUAUAUUGAAAUACCAAAUUCGUCCGAAAGGCGGUGCGGCAUCGUGUCCAUUCCAAUUGGUGGCUUAUUGGAAAUGUGAACGUGAUCACACGGAUUUGAAGGUCGAUUACAAAUAUAACCUGCACGCUAUGAGCCCUCCAUCGCCGCUGCUCAAUGUGUCAGUUUGCGUACCCAUGGGUGGAGCAGUCAAGAACGUUAUUGCGAUGCCGCAAAACACAUGGAACUCUGAUAACGAUCAUGCCCUCUGGAGGUUCACUGAGCUUUCGCAACACUCUGAGGACAGGGGAGUAGGCUCGUUACGGGCACGUUUCGAGCUGGCGCAGGGCCCCUCGAGUAAGAGCACCAUAUCUGCGCAAUUCAACUGCGAGGGCGCCACGCUCUCGGGCAUCGAGUUUGAGCUUAUCGGGAGUGGAUACCGCCUGUCUCUUGUUAAAAGACGCUUCGUUUCCGGUAAAUACAUUUGUGAUAGUGAGCUACACUGA